AUGAGAUCAGAGCCCAGGGCAGCAGGGAACACCACGCUGGGGGUCCUCUCCUCUGAGACCUGCCACACAUCCUAUGAGGAGAGCAGAGUGGUCCUGGUGGUGGUGUACAGUGCCGUGUGCAUGCUGGGCCUACCGGCCAACUGCUUGACGGCGUGGCUGACGCUGCUGCAGGUGCUGCAGAGGAACGUGGUGGCUGUCUACCUGUUCUGCCUGUCCCUCUGCGAGCUGCUCUACAUUAGCACGCUGCCACUUUGGAUCAUCUAUAUCCAGAACAAGCACAGCUGGAACCUGGGCCCGCAGGCCUGCAAAGUGACCGCUUACAUCUUCUUCUGCAACAUCUACAUCAGCAUCCUUUUGCUGUGCUGCAUUUCCUGCGACCGCUACAUGGCGGUGGUCUACGCACUGGAGAGCCGAGGCCACCGCCAGCAGAAGACUGCCUUCUUCAUCUCUGCGUGUGUGUUUGUUCUUGUUGGGCUCGUUAACUACCCUGUGUUCGACAUCACAUUGGAGAAGAACUCCUGCUUCGAGCCCCAGAGGAUGAGCAGCAGGAUAGCCAGCUACCACUACGUGCGUUUCACCUUCGGCUUUGUCGUCCCUCUUGGGAUGAUCACGUUCACCAACCACCAGAUUUUCAGGAGCAUCAAGCUGAGCACGAGCCUGAGCGCAGCCCAGAAAGCGAGGGUGAAGCACUCCACCAUCGCGGUCGUCACCAUCUUCCUGGUCUGCUUCGCCCCCUACCACCUGGUGCUUCUCAUCAAAGCUGCCGGCUUUUCCUACUACCAAGCAGACGGGGCUGCCGUGUGUGACUUUGAAGGCAGACUGUACACAGUCUCUGUGAUGUUUCUGUGUCUGUCCACAGUUAACAGUGUGGCCGACCCCAUCAUCUAUGUGCUAGUUACAGACCAUUCUAGGCAAGAGGUGUCCAGGAUCCACACAGGGUGGAAAAAGUGGUCCACAAAGACAGAUGUUAUAGACUUAAAGGACUCCGAGGAGGCACACUCACCCACAGCAACCCCCUACACCUUCCCCAAGCCUGUGUAUCCUCCAGGGUCACAGCUGGAUGAGCUGGGCUUACAGUGCUCCCCAGAAAGACUGUCUGAGGAAUUUUGCUAA